CACAACCGCACACACCCUCACACUGAGACAGACAGGAAAGAGAAAGAAAAGAAAGAGGAAAGACGGAGAGCUUGGCUUGUACGGGGUGCAGUGAAGCACAAGCCAUCCAGAUAAAAAUGACAGAACAGCAGGGAACCCCUGACCAGCUGCCUGCAGAGAAGGGCCAAGGAGGAGCUGGAGCCACAUAUAAGCUGGCAGUAUUUGAAUAUGAGAACUUCCGUGGCAAAAAGAUGGAGUGGUCUGGUGAAUGUAAAGAUGUGUAUGAGAAAGCACAAAGAGUUGGCUCAGUCAUUGUGGAGUCGGGACCAUGGGUGGGGUUUGAGCGUCCAGGUUUUGCGGGAGAGCAGUACGUGCUUGAGAAAGGAGAGUAUCCUCGCUGGAGCACCUGGACCAACUGGCAGACAAACUACAAUCUGAGCUCCUUCAGGCCUCUGAAAGUGGAUAGUGCGGAUCACAAGCUGUUCCUGUUUGAGAAUGCAGGCUUUGAAGGCAGAAAGAUGGAGAUUGUUGAUGAUGAUGUCCCCAGUCUGUGGGCUCAUGGUUUCCAGGACCGUGUGGCCAGUGCUAAGGCUGUCAGCGGAACGUGGGUGGGAUACAUGUAUCCAGGCUACAGAGGGCGCCAGUAUGUGUUUGAGCAUGGAGACUUCAAGCACUGGAACGAUUGGGGAGCCACUGCACCUCAGAUCCAGUCCGUCCGACGUGUGCGGGACAUGCAGUGGCAUAAGAGAGGGUGCUAUAUUGCCCCUGCACCUGCCCCCACCCCUGCCCCUACCCCCGCCCCUGCCCCAGCCCCGACCCCAGCUCCUGUCCCUGCACCACCCAAUCCCAAACCCAAUCCCAACCCCGCUCCUAACCCCAAAUCCCAAGCUCAACCCCAGCCUUAACACCACACCUCUAGCACCUCCCACAGUCACUGGGGAACGCUGAAAGCAGCUGACCGGGCCCCAGUCUCUCCUCCAUGCUCCUUAUUAGUUUAGGCAAUCUUAACCUGCAACUUUGGAAAACAAGAACUGACAACAAUGAAACAUGCAUCUCUGUCGGAAAUAAAGGUUUUGGCCCUGA